UACGGUCCUCGAACCUUUGUGACUCUACAUCCCAACAACAACAACGAGGCUCGUGUUGAUAGGCCUACUUAGGCCUGACAGAUUCUCCCUUAUCCAGGGUGUAUACCGUAACUCAGAUAGUCAUAACCAAGUCAUCUCAGCAGCUGCGGCGCAAUCAGUUGCACAGAGAUCAUCAUUUCAACACAGAGGUCGCCAUUUCAUGUCACCGAAGAGACUGCUCUCUGUAGUCGGCGGUCAAGCUGUCAAGAAAAUCCGACGGUUGUCAAGGUCCAGACCAGUUUGGAUGGUUAGGAAUGAGAGUGGGGGAGGGGAGGGAGUCCCUGAGCCCCCACCUCUACCUCCAGGGGAUGUAGAGUACAUCUUAGAGCCCUCGCCUCCACCUCCAUCACCUCCACUACCUCCACCACCUGUCACAAUUCCCAGCUGCCAGUUGCUGUCAACUCCAACUAAGUCUCCCUAUGAUAAAAAAGAAUACAGAGUGAUUCAACUUGAAAAUGGCUUAAGAGCAUUACUCAUCUCGGAUAUGGGCAGACUCGAUUCAUCCCCAGAAGAGGAAGAUGAAUCUGAUGAUGAGGAAGAUAGUGGCAGUGAAGAGGAGGAGGAUGAAGAGUGUGGAGGUACGGAAGAGGAGGAGGAGGAGGAAGAUGACAAUGAAGAAGAUAUGGAGGGAACGAAUUUUGGAAAAAGUGGUGGAGAUUCAACAAAAUAUCUGGCAGCAGCAUCUUUGAGUGUAGGAAUGGGUAGCUUUGAAGACCCUCCAGAAAUCCCUGGCCUGAUGCACUUUUUGGAGCACAUGGUCUUCAUGGGUUCUGAGAAGUAUCCAAAGGAGAACGCUUUUGAUUACUACAUCAAGAAACAUGGAGGCCACGAUAAUGCUCAUACUGAUAUGGAGCACACAACCUUCUACUUUGAGGUUCAGGAACGCCACCUGCAUGAGGGUCUUCAUAGGUUUGCUGAAUUCUUCAUCAGUCCACUCAUGAAGCAGGAGGCAAUGACUAGAGAAAGAGAGGCAGUCCAUAGUGAGUUUCAGAUGGCUUUGCCAGAUGAUGAAUACAGAAUUCAACAAUUGUUUGGGAGCCUCGCUCUCGAGGAUCAUCCUAUGAGCAAGUUUACAUGGGGUAAUGAAUCAACCCUUAACACUGGAAUCCCAGAUGAGGAAUUACACAAAAAACUACAUGAGUUACGUCUAAAAUAUUAUUCUGCUCAUUACAUGACACUAGCAGUGCAGGCGCGAAUGACAUUAGACUGUUUACAAGAAUAUGUUUGCAGCAUCUUUUCUCAGAUUCCAAACAAUGGUAUUGAAAAACCUACCUACAGUCACCUUGAAUUUCCCUUCCCAUUGGUGACGCUCCACCGUCUGUACCGUGUAGUACCAACUAAAGAAUACCACUGUCUGGAAAUAACGUGGGCCUUGCCUUCCUUUCUCAAGUAUUAUCACACCAAACCCCUUCACUACGUGUCCCAUUUGAUAGGACACGAAGGUCGAGGCUCCAUCCUCUCAUAUCUCAAAAAGAGAGUGUGGGCUGUUGGACUAUUUUCAGGAAAUGAUGAAUCAGGUUUUGAACACAAUAGUACAUAUGCAGCUAUGAGUGUCAGCAUAGAACUCACAGACGAAGGUUUCAAGAAUGUUGAUAAGGUUUUGUGUGUAGUGUUCCAAUAUAUAGAUAUGAUUCAGAAAGCUGGACCACUUGAAAAAAUCUUUAGGGAAAUUCAGCAGAUGGAACAGUUAAACUUUGACUAUGCAGAGGAACUAACAACUAUUGAAAAUGUUGAAAAUCUUUCUGAAUCAAUGCAAUUCUUUCCUCCUGUCGACUACCUCACAGGAGACACCCUGAUGACUGAUUAUAACCCUCAGAUUCUGAAAGAAUGUCUUGAUUCCUUGAUUCCUGAAAAUUGCAACAUUAUAAUCAGUUCCAAGACUUUUGAUGACCAGAACUUAUGUCAACUGACAGAAAAAUGGUUUGGAACCAAAUAUUCUGUAGAAGAUAUUCCAAAAGAGUGGGAAGAGCAGUGGGCUAACCUUCCUAGUAAUACAGAACUGCACAUUCCAGCUCCUAAUCAUUUCAUUCCAAACAAUUUUGAUUUGUUGACUCCAGAGAAAGAAGUUCCAGAAUAUCCUGAAAAGUUGUGCCAGGAUGAGUGUGGUGAAUUAUGGUUUCGACAGGACCAGAAAUUUAAAUUACCUAGGUCCUACUGCUAUGUAUAUCUAAUUACUGAGUUGCCUCUGCAGUCUCCCAGAUUAGCAGCUCUUCUAGACUUGUACUUGAACCUGUUUGAGCAGCAAGUAAUGGAGGAUGCUUAUCCGGCUAGUAUGGCUCAGUAUCAGUAUUCCAUCAAAGCCACUGAACAAGGGCUUGUUAUAAAGAUGAAUGGAUUUAAUCAGAAGCUUUCGCAAUUAUUAGAUCUUCUCCUGCAUCACAUGGAAAGCUUUGAAAAUAAUCUGAAUGAGGAAACUUUCCAGGGAAUACGACAGCAGCAAAUGAAAUCCUACCAUAAUGCUAUUCUCAAGCCAUGCAUUGUUCGCAAAGAUAUUCGCCUUUCUGUUAUACAAGAAGUACACUGGACAAGUCACCAAAAACUGCUAGAGAUAAAGACUGUAACAAGUAAGGACCUUCUUGAAGAAUUUGUAUCUAAGCUGUUUCCCAGUUGUCACCUACGAAUGCUUGUACAGGGCAACACCACAGCUUCUCAAGCCAUAGAUAUGUAUAAGAUGGUGAAAGCCAGAAAAGGGGAAUUACUUUCUUUAGAAAAGUAUCCACUUUCAAAGUUACGCACUUUGGAAUUGUUGAAUGGAUCCUGGGUAGCUCGAGUGAAUGGUUGCAAUCCAGCGGACACCAAUAGCUCAGUGAUCAAUUACUACCAGUAUAAAGAGGGCAGUCUUAUGCUGGAAGUUCUGCUGGAGUUUAUUCAUAUGGUGAUGGAUGAACCAGUUUUUGAUAUUUUGAGAACAAGAGAGCAGCUAGGCUAUCAUGUUUUCUGCACAAAUCACAUUACUUUUGGGAUUCUUGGGCUGUCUCUUACAGUAAACAGCCAGGCUAACAAGUUCAGUGUUGCCCAUGUUGAUGAGAGGAUUGAAGCGUUCCUACAGAAGUUUGUGGAUAUUGUGAAGAACAUGAUGGCUAGUGAGUUAUCAGAACUUAAGGAGACACUCACCAGUAUGAAACAGACCAUUGAUUUGACACUGAGUGAAGAAGUUGAGAGGAACUGGAAUGAAAUUGUGAAUGAGGAAUACAUCUUUAACCGACUGAAAAGACAGAUUGAGUUGAUUAAAGACAUUACACACAAGUCUGUCAUUGAGUGUGUACAGGACAUUAUAUCAAGCAAAGACAACCCAGGAUAUAAAAAACUGAGUGUACAAGUUGUAGGUGCUUCAAAGCCUGAGGAUGGAACUCCGCCAUCGUUGGAGAAUCUACUGGGACAAUCAAAUGUUGUGCAGCUGCUGGGGCCAAAUGAAGAUGACUCAGACAGAAAUUUUCCACCAGAUCAUUUCAUCACAGAUAUUGCUAGCUACAAAAAACAACUCAAGCUGUACCCCAUAACAAAAAUUUGUUAACACUGUUGUAUUGGCCUGGUCCCAGGUCAGGUUGUGAGGGGUAGAAAAACUUUUAAUCAGUCACAGGAAUAUCACAGAACUUUUAUCAGACAAAAUAUUCAUAUUUGUUGCUAUGGGGCUCAAUUACUGGUAACUAAAAUUGAAUGUGUAAUAACAGUGAAUACAUUGAGUUAAAUACAUUUUACAAGGACUGAAAAUAUAAAGCAAGUACUAAAUAUGUUACCUUUUUAAUGAUGUCUUUAAUUUGUUAUGUACGUUGCACUUUAAAAAUUAAAGAAAAUACUUAUC